UUUCGGAGACAGCACGAUUAUCAUAUUGCAUUCGCUGCGAGAAAUAUUGCGUCGACACUGUUGGACGCCUAACAGAAACUCAAUCACUCCGACUCAUUCGAAGACUGUCAUGGCGACCUCGGGUGAGAUAAACAGGGAGAAGCAGUAUGCAAAAGCCAAGGUCCCUCUGGAUGUUAUCAUAGUAGGUGCCGGCAUUGGAGGUCUUGCUGCAGCAGUGUCUCUGGGCAAACGAGGGCACAAUGUGCACAUUAUCGAAUUUGCUCCUGAGAUUCAGGAGGUUGGUGCAGGCAUUCAAUGCGCUCCCAACAUGCUGCGACUGCUAGAUCGCUGGGGCGCCGGCAAGAAGGUCCGCGAUACCGGCGUUCAGCUAGGUGCUAUCCAGAUUUGUAGAUGGGAGGGUGGCAAGCUUCUCGGCAGUGUCCCGAUCAACCAAGAGCACGGUGAGCAAUUUGUUGUUCAUCGAGCAGAUCUACAGAUGGCCCUGCUGGAACAGGCCGUGGCUCUACCAAACGUCAAAUUGCAGACCAAUGCGAGAGUCGACGAUGUUCAGUUCAGUCCGGCGGCUGUCAAGUUGAGUGAUGGCUCUUGGGUUAAGGGAGAUGUUGUUAUCGCUGCCGACGGAAUCAAAUCAUUGAUUCGAGGCAAGCUCUUGGGCGACGAAAAGGAUGUCGCAAUACCGACCGGUGAUGCAGUAUUCCGCGUUGUUUUGACUCGAGACACUCUGAGCAAGGUCCCACACCUGCUACCAUAUAUCGAAGAAAAGAGGGCGAUUCGUUGGAUUGGACCCAACCGACAUAUCAUUGCUUAUCCAGUGCGAAAUCACGAAAUAUACAACAUGGCCUUGGCCCACCCCGAUCGUGGCCGAGUUGAUGAGAGUUGGACAACUGUCACCUCGAAGAAGAACCUUCUUGCGGAAUAUGAGGGCUGGGAUCCGAAAUUGAUUGAGAUGUUUGACCUUGUUCCAGAGGGUGAUGUGCUGGAAUGGAAGCUGUGCAUGCAUAUGCCGCUGAUCCGGUGGGUGAAGGAUAGCGUUGCGUUGAUGGGUGAUUCCUGCCAUCCCAUGUUGCCAUAUGUUGCUCAAGGAGCAGCCCAAGCAUGUGAAGACGCAGCUUCAUUAGGCGUUCUUUUGUCCUCCAUCUCUUCGAAAGAUGAGGUUCCGCUCGCACUGAAGGCUUAUGAAAAGGCACAAAAAGCACGAGCUGAAUAUAUCCAGCAAUCCUGCCUCUCGACGCGGGCUGCCCUGCAUUUGGCAGACGGACCUGAGCAAGAGGCUCGUGAUAAAAAGUUCCAGGCCUUGUCACAGGGAGGCGACAGUGAUGAUAAAUGGAAUGACCCGCAAACGCAGCAGUUCCUCUGGGGAUGGGAUGCAGAGGUCAAGGCCGAGGAGGCAUGGAGAGACAUGAGCGCCGACACUUCUGUGCAGAGUCGACUGUGAUAAAAGCCAGUAUGAAGCCAUGAUAGAAGCCGAGUGCGAUCAGGCGAGGGGUCUCCCAAUGUUUCAAGCAGAUCGCGUCUUCCUUUGGGGCGCUUUCCAGCACUUACCUCCUAGAGACUCGGAGUUGAGGUUUUGAAGCUCAUACACCGGCCUGUACCAUGAGGGCAGGCACGAAUAUGACACAUAGCGCGUCCUACUUCGUUGACAAGAGUACGGCUGUUUAGAACCAUGCUUUUCCACAAUGCUUUGGCAACUGUUGUCCCAAAUGGUCCAAUGUCCGCGCGACUACUCACAGAUUUCUUGCUCUGGUCACCUGGUCAAUGUUCUCGCUAGAGUCUCACACCCAUGACGUGGUCUCUUCAUGCACUGCACGACUAGCCCCGCAAACGCCUUGAGGAGAACACGG